AUGUCUUACGAUAACGACCGAUCAGGAGGCGACAGCUACGGCAGCGGCCGCGGCGACUCGGACAACUACGGCUCCUCCAACACGGGCGGUGGCCUCGGUUCAGAUGACACUUACGGCUCUUCAGGCCAGACCGGCGGCGCAGGCCUAGGCUCUCGCGGUGACAACGACUCAUAUGGCUCCUCUAAUACCGGUGGCGGCCUGGGCGCUGAUGACACAUACGGCUCUUCGCGCAAGACCGGAGGUGUUGGUGCUGAUGACAGCUACGGGAGUGGUGGCACUAGUGGUGGAUUGGGGAGCGAUGAUACGUAUGGCAGUGGUGGCGCUACUGGAGGGCGAAGCUCUGGUUAUGACAACGAACAGGGCUUGGGCAGCGGGCGAACUGGCGCUCAAGCAAGCGGUGGCUUUGGGUCAUCGGAUGAUACCUAUGGGAGCAGUGGACGUGGUGAUUCCGACAACACCUACGGCUCAGGCGACCGUGACACAUCUGACCGCACUAGUGGUGGUCUAGGCGCCGACGACACCUACGGAUCUGCUUCGAAGACUGGAGGCGACUCCUACGGCCAAGACAAUUACGGCAUGGGCUCCGGUCGCACUGGCGCACAAGAAUCAGGCGGUAUCGGUGGCGACAACGCCUCCAGCGACAACUAUGGCAGCAGCGGACGAGGCUACGACAACGACAACAGUGGAAGCGGAAGUGGAGGCAAGGACUCCACGGUCGGUAAGCUGAUGCAGAAGGCAGGCGGUAUGUUUAACAACGAGAAGUUGGAGCAGAAGGGCGCUGCCAAGCGGGACCAGGCUGGAGGAUAUGACAACGACAACAGCAACUACUGA